AGAGAGAGAGACAUUGCGGGAUAGUGAGAGAGAGAGAGAGAGAUAUACGUUGAUUGACAUCUGGAGUGUCCUGCAGUAAAGAUGUGUGUGGGGAGAUCGUUUAUAUAUAGCGGCGCGUCCGGGCACAUUGUUCAUAAUAGCCACUCUGAAGCCCACUGCGCGGCUCAAGUUGAAGGCUACUGCAGUUAGUACCGCCAGGGAUAGAACAAAGCAAACCUUUUCGGAAAACGGACGACUAAAAUGCAUCAAUAACACGAAUUUGCUUGAAGACACCCAACUCUCAAGUUUGAACUGGUUUAAUUUUGACAUUUUGAACUAAUAUUUGGGCACAGUGCGAAAGCCAAGCACAUCGGGACAUCAUGCACUGUCAAGCCGAGUUGAGACUCUCCUCCUCCGGGCAGCUGAAAGCAGCCAGGCGUCGCUACAAGACUUUUAUGAUUGACGAAAUUCUUUCCAAGGAAACAUGUGAUUACUUUGAGAAACUUUCUCUUUACUCUGUAUGCCCUUCACUCAUCGUUAGGCCUAAACCUCUGCACUCAUGUUCGGGAUCCUCCUCACUGCGGGGCUACCCCCUUCUCUCAGUAAUCACGCGGCAGCCCCCCAACAUGCCCCCUCACCUCUCCCAGCCCUCAUCUCCCGGCCAGGUUCCCCACCUUCCCCUGCUCUCCCCCCAGCACCACUCCCGGGUCUCCGAGGCCUCCCACAGCGAGACACCUGUCAGCAUCAGCAGCGAGUCAGACACGGAGCACAGCACCACCCGACUGAAGAAACCCAGACGCAGCCGCACCAUCUUCACUGAGCUGCAGCUCAUGGGCCUGGAGAAGAAGUUCCAGAAACAGAAGUACCUCUCCACCCCUGAUAGACUAGACCUGGCCCAAUCCCUAGGCCUUACACAGCUUCAGGUGAAGACCUGGUACCAGAACAGAAGGAUGAAGUGGAAGAAAAUGGUGCUGAAGGGAGGACAGGAGGCCCCCACCAAGCCCAAGGGCAGGCCUAAGAAGAACUCCAUCCCCACCACCGAGGAGAUCGAGGCAGAGGAAAGGCUGGCCAGGCUGGCUGAGGACGAGAGAAUGAGGAUGGCAGCCGAAGAGGCUUUGGCCGACAGAGAAGCUCCCCAGUCGGAACCCCAGGACCUCAGCAAUGUCGCUGGAGCUACAGAGACCUACAAUCCCACGGCGGUGAGCGAGGGUCGAGAGCAGCAAGAGCAGUCACUCCCGAUGCAGUCAGAGACACAUGCUGCCAGCUAAAGAAGACAGUUAUUCAUGUCUGAAUGAAACAGCCAAAGACUGGUGCUGACUGGAAAACAGAAGCACUUACUGUAGUGCCUCAGGAUCACUGAAAAAAGCCUGUCUGGUGUUGAUUAGUCAGUCGUGUUUGAGGUUUGACUAGAGUGGGUGACAUUCAUAGGUACGGUAGAUCUGUUUGAUUUUGCCAUAUCACUUUUGCCAUAUACUGGAAAAAAAUUGUGUUUUAAAAAUAGUUUACAUGUAGAGUUAGGCAUAUACACAAAUGAAACAUCCAGAAUUGUACAGUGCAUUUUGUCCCUGUGUUUUUGUUUUCCUUUUAGAACAACAUGAUCACCUCCCCAGCCUCAGACCUGCUUGUUUACCGAGAGAGGACUCCUUUAGUCACAUGCUAUCCAGCCUCAGACCUGCUUGUUUACCGAGAGAGGAC